UCUCACAACGUGACCUCAUAUCGUCACCGCCUAAGAACAUCUCGCCAUUACACUGGCCACCCGAGUCUGUUGGAUGUAUGCUUAGCCGGGAUUCUAACAAAUGUUGGGGAUAUACAAAACUAUAGCCGUAUUUCUCGGAACUCUGUCUUCAUUGCAUGCUGCAAGUACAGACAGAUGUUUCCAGGAAAUCACACUUACCGGGGACACAGUAAACAUAACAUCGCCAGGAUAUCCAAAACCUUAUGGCGCUAACUUAACAUGCGGAUGGAAGAUACACACAUUGACACCAGAUCGUCGAGUUGGCAUUCACAUUGCAUACUUUUCCUUGCAUUCGUCCAAAAAUUGCACAUAUGACAGUCUGUCCUUCUAUAAUGGGCCAGACAAAUCAAAUGGAUCCAUGUUCACAUUUUGCGGCAGAAGGGCGACCCCGAGCAGUUUCCUCAGCAGCAGCAACAGCAUGUACAUAGAGUUUAUCUCUGAUUCUUUCUGGAAUGCAGUGGGGUUUCUCAUCAACAUUAUUGAUGUUGAAAGAUGUGGUGGAACGUUGACAGCAACAUCUCAGCCACAAAACCUCACUUCUCCGGGGUAUCCUUACACCUACUUCAAUAACCUUCACUGCACGUGGAUCAUUAAAGCGGAAAAUGAAACCGAUACAGUUGGUCUGACGAUUCGACAUUCAGAUAUUGAGAAAGAUACCUAUGGCGCAAAUGUGUGCAGUUAUGAUGCCCUUUAUGUUUAUAACGGAAAUACAACUGAAGCUGAUCAAUAUCUAGGGCAAUCCUGUUCAAACCAGAAGCCCAGAUACCAGAGUUCGAAGAAUUCGCUGGUGGUACAGUUUAUCACCGAUGUUGGCACAACCAAACAAGGCUUCAGGCUACAAUAUACUGCACGAAAAGUUGGUGACUGCAAUAAUACAUAUCCUGUGUAUUCCACACCCGUGAUCAUUCUGUCACCUGGAUAUCCCGACUCGUAUGAAAGCAACUUGGAAUGCUUCAUAACACUGGCCGAUGUAUCACAAUCAACGCCACGAAACCUGAAAGUAGACAUCUUCGACUCAGAGUUAGAUGGCGCCUACCCUAACUGCGAAAACGACUCGGUGACUCUUUAUCAAGGUCAGAGAGGGAGCCGCAUUGGAGAGUUUUGUGGUGAUUCUUCAACAACUCCAGUGGGUCCGUACUACUCCAACGGAAUGAUAAUGAAAAUGGUAUUCAAAACCAACGGUGACGCAAGUGGUCGGGGCUUCCGACUCCGUGCUUCCCACAGCACACGGGGAGUACAGUCUGGAGAUUGUGGCUCCCAGUUCCUUCAUGCGACGACAAAUCGACAAUUCCUACAGUCCCCUGGGUACCCUGUACGAUAUCCAAACAAUGAAGACUGUCGGUGGACAAUAACGGCUUCUACUCCAAAUAUGAUGGUGCGCAUAGAAGUCAUCGACUCAGAUAUAGAAUCAUAUGAUAGACUUUACCUAACCUGCCGAUAUGACCAUGUUACGGCUUACGACGGACCAUCAAUCUUUAAUGACACAUUAUCAUCAUGGUGCGGCCCUUCACGACCUACCUUUCAGAGCACGGGAUCAGCUGUGACAAUUCACUUUCAUACAGAUGCAUCAACAGCUAAAAGAGGCUUCAAGUUGGCAUACUUUGAAACGAAUGAACGAUACCACUGUGGGGGUGCUCUGAAUAUAACGACGACUGACUACACAACCAUAACAUCCCCUAACUACCCUGGACCAUACCCGAACAACCAGGAAUGCAGCUGGACCAUACAUGCUGCAACAAACACGAAUAUUGAAGCUAAAGUCAGGAACGCAUUGUUUGAAUCAACAUCCCAAUGUACAUACGAUUUCCUGGAAAUAUACGAUGGAGUAAGAACCAGUUCGUCAAGUGCCGGGAGGUUUUGUGGCGAUGACGACACUGAUUACAUCAGUUCCGGCCACAUCAUCACCGUAAGGUUUCACUCUGACUCAGGAACCAGAAACAAAGGAUUUCAAAUGCAACUCAAAGCCGGACACUUUAGAGUUUCUGAGACCGAGGAGCGAUCUGCUUCUUACAGCAACGAGUACAUAUAUUCUCCGAAUUAUCCAUUUACUUACCCGAGUAACGCUGAGGUCGGCUGGAAGAUCACAGCGGAUGAAGACUACAUUGUCAAAAUCGACGUUAUGGAAUCUAGUCUCGGAAAGUCAUUUGGUUGUGUCAGUGACUACGUGGAGGCAUUUGACGGACCGGACUCGAAUGCACCUUCACUUGGUCGCUGGUGUGGAAAGAGUGAACCUGUCAAACGCAGUUCUGGUCAAGUUAUGUUCCUGAAAUUCAAGUCAGAUUCAUCUGGUGUUGAUCUCGGGUUCAAGAUACAGUAUACCAACGAAUAUAGUUAUCAUUCACGUGAUUUGGAUACUGAUGUUGGAGCCAUUGUUGGAGGUACGCUUGGUGGCUUGUUUCUGUUGCUACUCAUAAUAAGUGUAUUCGGCAUUUGCAUCUAUAAACACGGCCAACGCACCACUGCCACCAACAUCCCAGUGCAAUAUACUGUAGGCCAGGUACCUGUGAUCAACUUUGGCCAAGCACAGAUCACCAACGCAAUGCCCGCCACAACCUUCACUGGACCUCCUGCCUACACACUGGCAACUCAGGGUGCUGCCAUACCUUCUUCUGGGUACGUCAAUGCGGAAGCACUACCAAUGAAAUAUUGAAGUUCCAUGUGUACAACGUCAUCGAUUAUCAAAUGCAUGAUAUCACCAUUCUGUCAUGAAUACAACAGGACUGUUAGGUCAUUAGGAAAUUUGAAAUAGUAUAAUAGACCUCCAAUCAAAUGACUGAUGGGCAGAUUUGCUUUUGCGAAUGGCUCUGGCGUACUUAUCCUCACUGAAUGGAACUAUACACUUGUGUUCGCUUUAUGCCAUGUGCAGUCUGAGUGAAUAAAGUUCAGUUAAGUUUAUACCACGUGUAGUGUAAUAAAGUAUUCUGUUUAAUUAAAGCAAGAACGAUGUUACCAACAAUGCCUCACAUCAUACGGGAAGGGGUCAGAAUUUGUGACGUCAGCCCAUUAUUUCGUAGUUGAAAAAAAUGUGCUAUGCGACAGGAUGCAGUCUGUGCCUUUGAUCUUUUGAUGACGCAUCUUUAAAAAGAUAAUGCUGUGAUAUGUAUUGAUCUGUUUUAGUUAUCUCCCAUAUUGUUCCCAUUGUAGUUCAUGAUAUUUGAAAUUAGAUGUUUGGUUGCGAAUUCAGUUAUAUGAGUAUACUUGUAUAUGGUUGUUUUUACAAUUAUACCUCUAUGGCCAUGCCGUCACUUUUAUGGCGCUUCAUGUCAUAUCUUGAAUCCUUCUGACAUGUAUGUGUAUAAAGGGCCGGUGGCCCCCAUACUGAAUAAACAUAACACACCACAUAA